CGCUUUGAUCAGCAGAGUUAUCAGUUCAUAAGGUGAGCUUUGAAAGAGACAACGCUUUCCGACGAGGAACUUCCGCCUCGAUCAGCAAUAUAAAUCGUACAAAUAUGGAGGGAGAAUACAAGGUGACUUUAGUGGUGUACAGUGGUGUUCCUGAUCCUAUUUGGUCAGUUCACUCUCAUCAUGGAAAUUUCGAGGAAAUGAAACAGCUUCUCGACGACGCUAGGGCCAAAGGUGUCGCUUACCGUCACCAAAAUAUGCCUGCCAUUCUUGGAUACAAAGGUUUUUUGAUACAUGAACCAGGAGCUGAACAUGCAGAAUUGAUGCUAGGCAAGGAGACAACUGCCCUUCAAAAGCUGCUGCUUAGUACCAUGCCAGAAGGAUUGAUAAAAAAAGACUUGCACCAAAGGAUUCUGCAGGCCAUCGAUUCAGGAGCUGUCUCUCCUAACUUGAAUGUGUCUCGUUCGCACGCUCCCAGUACUGGAGGCGGCAAAGUAGACGUCGAUGUGAUACAGCAUUAUGCACCUAAAUAUAAUCCGAAAAGGUGGAAUAACCAAUGUGUCCAGCCCUAUAACAACUGCUACAACUACGCAAACCAAAAAAUCACCAACACCUUUGCCCAGCCUGGCUAUGCCAGCGGCCAUCCUAUUACACCGCCUCUUACUGCAGCCAAAACCCUCGAGGGCUGUGAGAGUGAUGGUUUGGUGAAGAUGGAUGUGGAUCCGAGUGCGCCUGUGCCUGAAGCACCACCACAGCCAAACUGCCUAAUUGCAUUGAUGGUCCAAGAAGAGGUAGAUUUUCAUUGUUAUCGAUUGGAUGGGGGUGGAUUUUGGUCCCAGAAGCCUGGACAAACUGCUGUGACUGACAAGGACGGAAAGGGAAACAAGAUCACUGAUCCAAGAAAAGCUGUCCCCUUGCCUUACGGUCCACAGUACAAAUUUGUCACUUUUAUGAAGAUCUUUACAAACAUUAUCGAUGGUCCAGAAUAAUUUUUAGAGAAACAUUUGCUGCACCUAAACUUCUGCAUUAUAAGAGGUUAUUUUCUUUCUUGCUAUUCAGUUACGUACUGACUCGUAUUUUGAAUAACUACUCUUAAAUUUAGCAAGUUAACUUUAUCUUUUUGUGAUUUAAGGGACAAAAAUGAUGUGAGCGUUGAUUAAGGGUGCCUUGAAAUAUGUUUUCCAUGGACAACGAAUGAUGACAAAUUAAUUAUUUUAAGUUUCAUUUCUCGGGUCUUAUCCACUAUCUUGCGAUUAUUAUAAAAAACAAAAGCAGCUCGUUGGCGUCGACUUUUCUUGAUUCAAUAUAAAUGCACUUAAUAAUCUUUUGCGAUUUCAGUAUAACUUAUAACUUAAGUUGGUUUCAGUCCAUGGAGUCCAUCAUCAUUAUGAGAUUAAUGACCAAGAGAAGAGGUUUAAAGUAAAAAAAAAAAAAAAGAAACUCAGGCCUAGUUUGCAAGGAAAGAGAAAUAUUGUACAAUUAUUUAGUCAAAUAAACUUUUCCUGAAAAAUCUCACUUUUUUUUUUUAUUUCCACUUUGUUUAUCCUCACGAAUAAUAGAUAUUGUCACACAAGGGGAGGGGGGUGAGGUAGGGCCGAGAGAGGGUGCACUUUAAAAGAAGUUUUAUAAGAGAACUCAAAAGAGGCUCACUGACUGAUCGAGUCAGACUACUUAAUAAUAUUGUAAAAAGAAUUUUGAAAAAAUCUUAUGCUUUGGUUGAUUCAGUAAUUGUUUACUUUUCAAAAAGCUUACACUUUGUUCAUAAUUACAGUGUACUUCAUUCACAAAGCUUACGCUCUAUGAUCAUUAAAUCAAUUCAAAUUUCUAAAACUA